AUGGGGAUCGUCGGCAUCCAAGACAUGGGUCCGGAUCUGCUGCUGAGCGCCGUCGCGAAAGAGGUCAUCCAGGCCGACAUCAAGUUUCGCGGGGCCGUCUCCGACUUUCACGGCGUCGCGAAGGCGAUCAAGAAGGCGGACUGCGACCCGAUCACGCUUCGGUACAACGCGGAGGAUAUCUACGGCGACGGGCACAACUUCCUGAUCGCGACGGCGAAGAAACACGUCCCGAAGUGGGAGGAGUGGGCGGAGGAGACGAAAGCCGCGGCGAUAGCGGCGGCGAUAGCGGAGAAGGAGGCGGAGGAAGCCGCGGCGGCGGCGAAACCGGGCCGCAAGAAGAAACCGAAGCCCGUGAGCAAGCCGUGGGAGUCCCUGGGCUCGGAGGUCGAGAUCGAGGAGGAGAGCAUCCGACCGAGCGGCGAGGCGCCGACCGUCAUCGACGUGUACCGCUCCCCGGAGGAGUUCGGGCGACCGUUCAAGUUUGACGACGCGGACGCGAACGAGCUGUUCAACUCGAGUCAGAUGGAGUGCCGCCCGUACAAGGACACGACCGUGGAGUACACGACGCACCUCACGAAAGGCACGCAGGCGAUCCCGGUGACCGUGGACGGCGGCGCGCAGGCGACGCCCCUCCCCGGGAAGCCGUUCGCGACGCAGUACGAGCCGCGGACGUGCACGGACGAGGAAGCCGCGGAGCAGCUGAAGGACCCGGCGCUCGGGGCGUUUUUGAUGGACGUCACGAGCAAGGACGGUCUGAUGACGUACGCGAUGCAACAGAACGAGUGCUACGACAUCUUCACAGACGACUUCGCGGCGCUCGCGGACGAAGACUCCACCAUCGGCGGCGGCGGCGCCGCGGAUCAAAUCGUCGAGCAGCACGCGUUCACGGACUUGACGUACGGGAAAGGGAAGUGCGUCUCGUGCGUGGACUGGGUCCCGAAUAAAAUCGGCGAAGUCGCCGUCGCGUGCGUGGAGAACGCGUCGUUCGAGGAGAAGGUCGAGGCGUCGGGGCAGACGAGGACCGGCGCGGUGCUGAUAUGGAACUUCAAAGACCCGAUCCACCCGCGGUACGUGUUGGAAGCCCCCGUGGACGUGUACUCGUUCGCGUUUAACCCCGUGAAUCCGAACCUCGUCGUCGGCGGGUUGCUCAACGGACAGUGCGUCCUCUGGGACACGACGACGGCGGAGGAGCGGGCGGAUGCGAACAGCAAGCGCACGGACGGCGACGGCGGCGGGGAGAAGUCGAUACCGACGUGCCAGCCGACGUGGCUGUCUGAGCUCGCGGACUCGCACGUGCUCGCGGUCACGGACGUCGCGUGGAUGGGAGGCAACGUCGAGGUGACGAAACCCAACGGCGCGCUCGACUUGAAGAAGACGAACGAGUGCAACUUUUUCGCGUCCACCGCCGCCGACGGGAAGCUGUUCUUCUGGGACAUACGCGUGAAGAGAGACCCGAAGAAGAACAAAUUUUUGUGGUACCCGCUGUACAAGAUCAACGUCGGGAGAGGCGAGAGCAGCGGCACCUUGGGCGCGAUGAAGUUCAACUUCGGGGACACGACGGCGGGGAAGUCGGACUGUUUCAUGACGUCCACGGACGGCGAAGUCGCGCUCGUCGACUUUGUCAAGCCGGAGGGGGAGAACAACCCGGAGUACGUCAAACUGUGCGUCACCGCGCACGCGGGUCCGGUGCGGUCGAUCGACCGAUCUCCGUUCUUCCCCGACGUCGUCCUCAGCGUCGGGGACUGGUCGUUCAAGCUGUUGAAGGCGAACGAGAAGACGCCGUUGUUUAGCUCGCCCUCGUCGGACGUCUACCUCGCGUGCGGCGCCUUCUCGCCCACGCGCCCCGCGGUGGUCUUCACCGCGCGGCAAGACGGCGUCGUCGACGUGUGGGACUUCACCGACCGCUCGCACGAGCCGAGCGUGAAAGUCAGGGUGAACAGCGGCGGCGUCGGCGCGAUGAAGUUCUGGCGGCCGUUUCCGCUCGCGGGGAAGACGGAGCAGCUCUUGGCCGUCGGGGACGCGUCCGGGGUGCUUCACGUCAUGAGCAUCCCGAGGAACUUACGCAGAGCGCUGCCGAAGGAGAAGUCCACGAUGGAGACGUUCUUGUCCAGGGAGAUGGAGCGCAUCGGGGACGUUCAGACGCGCGCGGAGGAGAUCGAACAGGCGGUGAGGGAGGCGGAGGCGGCGGCGGAGGCGGCGGCGGAGGAAGCCGCGAUCGAGGAGGAGAAGAAGAAGGCGAAGAAGGGGAAGAAAGGAGACCCGCCGCCGCUCACGGAGGACGAGAAGCUCGAGGAGGAGUACCGCGCGCUCGAGGAGAAGUUCAUGGUCGAGAUGGGUCUCGUAGAGACGGAAGGGGACGGAGACGAGGACGCGUGAUGCGUAUCGAUAGCCGACGAUUGGAACGCGACGUUCUCAUGGUUUCCAAGAGGUUCUUUUCCG